GAAGAGACCCCUCCUUUCACUUCUCUGCUCUAACACACAAACAAGCCUUUCGCACCAGUUUCCCGGCGAUGAUUCUCGCCGGAAUCUGGUCGGAGAACCCAUCGGAAACCCAAUCUCUCAACAACUUCACCAAAACUAUCACCCCUUGUGUUUGUUUUUGAUUUGAUUCAGUCCAUCAACACAAAUCAGAAGAGUUUGUGAUUGGUUGUAUGUCUGUCGUAUCGUGCGUGACUACUAGUAAUGCAAGUUCUAGCAGAAUUAGAGAGAGAAAGCUUUUUGGAGUGAGAAAAUCUUUGGAGGGUUUGGAGAUUUACGGGUUGCAGUGCGUCAAAAUUGGAAUUUCUGUGAAUUUUGGGUGUCUUUUUUUUUUUUUUUUUUUUUUUUUUUUUUUUUUUUUUGAGCAUUGUGGUGGGUGUUCCAUGAGAUUCAAGAAAUUCGAGCGUUUUUACAAUUACUAAGUCGUCUGUUUUUUUUGUGGGUUUUGCUUGAUUAUUUUAGUGCUAUUAUAGAUUUUCGUGGUUCGAGGCAAUUUUUGCAUAUGUUAAUGAAGUUCAGAGAUUCGUCUUGUUUUUUGCGUUUAGAUAACAUUUAAAUACUUGGAUCAGUCAAUAGUUUUUUUCAUUAUAUUAAAACAAACAUAUCAGCAUAACCAAUUGAGUUUUUGGGUUGUUUUAUACUGUCUUUUUUUUGUUGUUGUUGAAUUUGGCAUCCAAAUAUCACUGAAUCCAAGGGUUUUUGAUAGUUUGAAGCUCCGUGUUUCCGCAAUUUUACAGUCGAAGUAAUGAUGGCACAAUGUGUAGAUUGAAUGUGGGGAUAGAGAGAGGUAGGUAGGAGAUGGGUAUGAAGUUUCUAGGGGAAGCUAAGGCGGAGAAUUCGAAAUUUAUGGUUUCUCGUGCUGGAAUGAAGCUAUGGAUAAUUCGAGGAAUGACUACUGUACUGCUGUGGACUUCUGUUAUUCAGCUAAUGGCAUUGGGAGAAACGUGGGGGCCGAAAUUGUUGAAGGGUUGGCCUUCUUGCUUUACUCCUUCGGACAUGUUUUCAGAUGACAGAUUGUUUUCUGUUCCACCCAGAGUUCCUACUCCACCAAAAAGGGUUUACAAGAAUAAUGGUUAUAUUAUGGUUUCUUGCAAUGGAGGACUCAACCAAAUGCGAGCAGCAAUUUGUGACAUGGUUACUAUUGCCAGACAUCUAAAUGUCACUCUUAUUGUCCCAGAGUUGGAUAAAACUUCCUUCUGGGCUGAUCCAAGUGAGUUCCAGGACAUAUUUGAUGUUGAUCAUUUCAUUAAAUCCUUAAGGGAUGAGGUUCGGAUAUUGAAAGAGUUACCUCCAAAGCUCAAGAAAAGAGUUGAAGAUGGAAUGGUCUACUCGUUGCCACCCAUUAGUUGGUCUGACAUUUCCUACUAUCAUAAUCAGAUUCUUCCUCUGGUGCAGAAGUAUAAAGUUGUACAUUUGAACAAGACUGAUGCUCGACUAGCUAAUAAUGGGCUCCCUUUUGAGAUUCAGAAGUUGCGGUGUAAAGUAAAUUUCAGUGCUCUGAGAUUCACCUCCCAGAUAGAGGAAUUAGGUAGAAGGGUUGUCAGGAUUCUGAGGCGAAAUGGACCUUUCCUGGUCCUCCAUCUAAGAUAUGAAAUGGACAUGUUGGCUUUCUCUGGCUGUGCUCAUGGUUGCAAAGACGAAGAAGUGGAAGAACUGACAAGAAUGAGAUAUGCUUAUCCAUGGUGGAAGGAAAAAGUUAUAGAUUCUGAACUGAAACGGAAAGAAGGUUUGUGUCCUUUGACGCCAGAGGAAACUGCUCUCAUUUUAAGUGCCCUGGGUAUUGAUCGUAAUGUUCAAAUUUAUAUUGCUGCUGGAGAAAUCUAUGGUGGAGCCAGGAGAUUGGAAAGUUUGGCAGCUGCAUUCCCAAACCUGGUCAGAAAAGAGACCUUGUUGGAACCCUCAGAUUUGAGGUUUUUCCAAAACCAUUCCUCCCAGAUGGCAGCACUGGAUUAUCUCGUCUCUGUGGAGAGUGAUAUAUUUGUUCCUACAUAUGAUGGAAAUAUGGCUAAAGUUGUUGAAGGCCACCGAAGAUAUUUAGGGUUCAAGAAGACCAUUCUUUUGGAUAGAAAGUUUUUGGUUGAUCUGAUAGAUCGAUACUAUGAUGGGUCAUUGGGCUGGGAGGAGUUCUCUUCCUCUGUCAAGGAAGUUCAUACAAAUCGUCUGGGAAGGCCAAAGAAACGAGUGGUGAUUUCAGAGAGACCCAAGGAAGAAGAUUAUUUCUAUUCCAAUCCCCAUGAAUGCUUGCAGUUGUCAGACGAAUCCUAAGAAGUACGUGAUUCCUUCUGUGCCCAUAGAAUGUGCCUUUGAAGCACUCGUAUUAGUCCUUCACUGGAAGUUCAAAAUUGGAGAACGACUGCAUUCUGUCCGUCAAGUCGGAUUGGGAGAACCACUGGGAUCUGAUGUUCUUUAGUAGUAUCUUGAUAGUAUUUUUAUAUAAUAAUAAUUAGAUCGAUGUAUAGAAACGAAACCCUGCCAUUGUAGGGUUAACAUUAGAUCAGCUGCUAUGUAAACAUAGGAGAUGCCAAUAGUGAAUUCUUCUUUAAAGUGUGAGUUCUUGAAAAUGCUUAGUCCCUUCCUGGAUGUUUCAUAAAUGUCGCAAUCUGAUAAAUUCUCAUGUUCUGACCUCUUUGUGCCGUUCUGUCACUUAAUUUGUGCAAAAGAUCUGUUGUGUA